GGGUUGUCGUCCUUUCGUUCGUCCUCAGUGAAGGAUAACGAUAGUUGGUUCACAUCAAUAACUUUACGGUACUGGUUAUAUCAGGCUUAAUUCAGAAUUUGAUCAUCAACUACUGACUUGUAGUCACUCUUCAAACCAAGCCAUCUUCGUUAACAGAUUUAUUGGCGCUCCGGUGGUCUAAAGAAUCCCGAGGCUCAAACAAGUAUGGACAUUAUUCGUCGCUGCCCAUUCCUGUCCCGUGUACCCCAAGCCUUUCUGCAGCAGACCAGAAAGUCCCUGGUGGUUUAUGCCCAAAGAUGCCCUGUGAUGAUGGACCUGGCCUCCAAGCCCCUGGCUCGCUCUCUCUGCUCCUCGUCCUCUAGCUUCCAGAAGACUGAGGACACCAGCACAUCCAAUGAGGAGACCAGCACAUCCAAUGAGGGACCUAAACAGGAUAUCAAGUUUCACAAGGGCCACCCUGCGCCAACCUCAGGGCAAGCUAGUGCCUCCAAGUGCCCUUUCCUGGCAGCGGAAAUGGGACAAAAGCACAGCAGCGUUGUGCGCCAAGCAAGUGUUGAACUCCAGGAGGACGUCCAGGAGGGCCGCAAUGUUCAGAUAGAUGUGUCCCCAGCCAAGCUGAACAAGCCUCUGGUCAUAACCUCGAAAGAUAGGGAAACCAACCUUAUGAGAAACCUCCUGAAGCAGCGCCCAACCAGGGUCUCCCACUUGUUGCAGGAGAACAUGCCCAGUGUGGCCAACUUUCAUUACGAUGAAUUCUUUGAGACGAAAAUCGAGGCGAAGAAGAGCGACCACACCUACCGCGUGUUCAAGACCGUGAACCGCAAGGCCACUGAGUUCCCCAUGGCCGACGAUUACACGCAGUCCCUGGGCUCCAAGAGGAACGUGUCCGUGUGGUGCAGCAACGACUACCUGGGCAUGAGCCGCCACCCGCGCGUGGUGCAGUCCGUCAUGGAGACUUUACAUAAGCAUGGAUCAGGGGCUGGAGGGACCAGGAACAUCUCUGGGACCAGCAAAUUCCAUGUCGAGUUGGAACAUGAGCUGGCUGACCUGCACGGCAAAGACGCAGCCUUGCUAUUUACUUCCUGCUACGUGGCAAAUGACUCGACUCUCUUCACAUUGGCUAAAAUGUUGCCUGGUUGUGAGAUCUACUCCGAUGCAGGGAAUCAUGCAUCAAUGAUCCAGGGGAUCAGGAACAGUGGAGCCAAGAAGUUCAUCUUUGGCCACAACAACGUCAACCACUUGCGAGAGCUCCUGAAGAAGUCUGACCCCUCCACUCCAAAGAUUGUAGCCUUUGAGACUGUGCACUCCAUGGAUGGUGCUGUGUGCCCACUGAAUGAGAUGUGUGAUGUCGCCCAUGAAUUUGGUGCAAUUACAUUUGUGGAUGAGGUCCAUGCAGUGGGCUUGUAUGGGGCCAGAGGUGGAGGGAUUGGAGACAGGGAUGGCAUCAUGCACAAGAUGGACAUCAUCUCCGGAACCCUCGGCAAGGCGUUCGGCUGUGUGGGGGGCUACAUCGCCAGCACCGACGCCCUGAUCGACACGGUGCGCUCGUACGCCGCGGGCUUCAUCUUCACCACCUCCCUGCCCCCCAUGCUGCUGGCCGGGGCCAGGGAGUCCAUCCAGACCCUCAAAGGAGAGGAGGGGCGCAUGCUGCGGCGCAAACACCAGCGCAACGUCAAGCUGCUGCGCCAGAUGCUGAUGGACUCUGGGCUGCCCGUGGUACACUGUCCCAGUCACAUCAUCCCUGUCAGGGUGUCCAAUGCGGAGAAGAACAAUGAGGUCUGUGACAUCAUGAUGAGCCGGUACAACAUCUACGUCCAGGCUAUCAACUACCCAACUGUGGCCCGGGGGGAGGAGCUGCUCCGUAUCGCCCCCACGCCACAUCACACCCCCCAGAUGAUGAACUACUUUGUUGACAAGCUAAUCGACACCUGGAAGGAGGUUGGUUUGGAGGUGAAGCCUCACUCCUCAGCUGAAUGCACUUUCUGCCAGCAGCCUCUUCACUUUGAAGUGAUGAGCGAAAGAGAAAAGUCUUACUUCAGUGGACUAAGCCACCCUAUUUCUGCACAUGCCUGACACUACACAAACUUUAAUCCAUUCCUUUAAAAUAUCACUGUUGUGGUGUAUAAUUGUCUUUGAUAAGUGGCAUAACUUAUUUAAUAUUCCAUGAGAAGAUACUAUAUGAUGAAAUAAAAUAUGAUAACAAA